AUGAAAAGUAAAAAAAGCAACGAGUACAAACCUUUCAAAUCUUCUCGUUCCACCCAAAACCAAAAGCCGAUCUUCGUUACAAAUUUUGUCUCAAAAUUUGUCGUUCGACCAAAUAGUCAAAAGCCAAUUCCUCCUGCAAUCACAAAAAUCAACAAAAAGUCACCACCACUCAUAAAAGCAAUCUCGCAUGAGCCUAUAAAAGCGUUGCCAGAUCUCGAUAAUUCACAACUUCUCGACUCGAUAGAGGAAAAGUCACGAGAAGACAUCCAAAAGUACUUUGUCGACGACGACGAGGAAACGCAACGCAUUUUGAAUGACCCUGUUUUUCAACGUAAGUCGCCACAAGUUUCGAACACUAAAAUUGAAAAUCAAGGAAUAGUGCAGUUCCCAGAACAUAAGACAAACACGAUGCUCGAGGAAAAUAUCCCAAGAAUUGUCACACCAGACUUUUUGAUUGAGCCUCAAACCAAGAAAGAAGACAAUGUCGAAACACCAAAAGAAAAAUCCAAAAGUGAAGAAGAAUGGACUUCGGUUCCUGUGAAAAGAAAUUCACUGCAACGAAAUACAACAAAAAAAGAAGAAGAAAUAAAGACGGUGAGACUUGAAGAAACAUGUUUUGAAGAAAGUGGAUUGGAUAGUGUGUCGAGUGGAGCAACCAUUCUCGACAAUUCACAACUGUAUCCCGAAAUUAAGUACUUGGGUGGAAUAGACAAGAGGACAUAUGAUAAACUCACGUCAUCGUCCUCCACGUUUGGUAAUUUGGAAGGACGGCCGAGUUUUGAGCGGUUGUUUGGGGAUAUCGAGACUGAUGAAUUGAAAAAGCAACAAAGCAAGAUGGAGGAUGACGAUAUUAACGGUAUUUUAAACAGAGUCGAUGUUGGGUUAAAAGAGAAGAGAGAGGACAACGAAAUGUCUGAAGAUGAAAUAGAAAGUUGUUUCAGUCAACAUCCAGGAAAUGAGCAAAAUUCAAUGGAAGAAAUUGAGACCUCUGUCCAUGGAAAUGGUGCGGCGCCAUCGAAGGAAUGUGGUACGAGGUUAAACAACGGAAGUGACACGUUCCAGACGUAUUUAACAGCGAAAACAACGCAAUAUUCAUAUCCGAAGAAAGCAACACAAAGUGAAGAUGAAGGUGUGAAAGGCACUGACCAAAAUUACGUUCUGAAACAACGAGGGGGAUGCGAGUGCUAUGAAGUACAACAACGCGUUGACCAUUUUUCACAAGGAGAUUUCGAGUUGAAAUUUGGAGUUCCAGCAAGCGACACGUGGAACGUGAUUAGUUUCUCGAGUAAACCUGUCGAGGUCUGCAAAACAAAGAUUGUUGUGUUUGUUGGUAUUUUGGGCAAAACGGUGUUUUUUGUUGGGAUCAAAAUGGGGUGUGUUCCGAUUAGUGGGCUUGAGAUAACAGCGACGAAGUACAGCGUUCUGAGUAAAGAGCCUCCUGUAUUGUUUGUCGAGGAGUAUUCCCACAACGAAAAUAUUCCUCUUAAAACGUUUAAGGUUGGUGUGAAAACGUUUUUCAUGCAACACGAAGAAAGGGCAAAGGAAGUGAUAAAAGAGAAAUUCUCAAAUGUGCAAAUGAUGGCUUGUUUGAAGUGCGAGUUCAGCGAGUUUAUCGAAUUACAAGGGCAGAUCAUACACGUCUUACCCAAACCGAUCGAAGGGUGUUUGACAGGGGAAACGUGUGCCGUUGUGUCGAAUAAGAAUGUCGGCUAUUUAUUUGUCUUUCCGAGCCGGGUAUGGGAUUAUUUCAAAGAAAAAAUGCGGAUGGAGAUCAAGGUGAAGGGGAGGUAUUUGAGAGACCAGUAUUUCCAAGGGAAGAACGCGUGUGUGCCGAUCUAUAGAUUUGACUGCUU